AAACACUCUGUCCAAACAAAACGGAGGAGAAACGACGAAAGAGAGAAAGAUGAGCAGGAAGGAGGAGAAACGACGAAAGCUCCAUGAAGCUCUCCUUAAAGCGCUCUAUCCGCCUCCAUCAUCGCCUCCUCAUCGCCAAGAGGAAAGGAGCGGGGGAGCCGGGUGCACUCAUACAGAAAGUCUCGAUUUAGAUCUCGUUCCAGAUGAUUUUGAGAAAGAAAGGAGCUCCUCUUCUUCUUCUUCUUCAAGCGAUGAGGAGGGUGGGUGUGAAGCUCAGAAAUUGACUAGGGCUCAGAGGAAGCGCAUCCGCAGAACGAAGCUCAAGGAAGCUGCUUCCCGUCGCCAGAAAAUCAUCGGCCCUUUGUUGCCCAAUGCAAGCGUUGAGAGCGGUGCGGAGAACGUACAGGAACAUCUUCCAGGUGUUUGUCAAAAUGCCUACCCGCCAGAGACUGCACAGUGUACAAAGAAGAAUAAGGUGAAGAACAGAAGGAUGUGCAAGAAGUUAGGUUGUGAGAGGUCCAAUAGUAGCAAGCAGUGAUGCUGGUCCGGCUCCAUUCAACCAUACAAUCUCGAGUGAUUCUUGGCAAUAUUCUAAUGGUGAAGUGGGAUUAUCUGUCCACCCGGUUGACAUACGUGUGCUACUUUUUGUUAAUGCGAACACAAAUUCUGGUUCUGAUGUAGUUAUUGUAUUGGUUUUAGCUCGAAAUAGUGAGUCUUAAUUGCUCUUAUUAUAUAUAGAAAUCUUGUUCUUUGUCUACUCUUAAAUUAGUAUGCUUUGUUCUUCGAUAUGUAGGAAUAGCAGUUUUCUAGCAUUCCUCACUGAAAUUUGAUUCUCCCAUAAUGGGGGAGCAUAGUUUGAUAGUUUCACAAGUGUCAUAUUUCAACAUUAUGUGAUUUUAGUCACUAGUUGCUUAUAGUAUGCUCUCUUUUUACA